AUGGAGCAGUUGCUCGACUCCCAGCAAGUGGCCGAGCAUGGGGAAUCAAGGCGCCGGCAGUCGCUGCAGCGUGUGCACGAAGAAGGGAAGCGCGUGUUCGACGAGCUGUCGGAGAAGCUCUAUACCCUGGAGGUGCAGAAGGCGGACGUCGAUGAGGAAGUCGGGAGGUUGCAGGCUGCGACGACCUACCUGCACCCAUCCAAUUUCUGUGCGUGGUGGAUUUUGGGGAAUGGUGGAAAAUUUGGGGGUUGUGUAAGAGGUUCCCUGCCCGAAUUCCUUGCCUAG